CCUGUCCGCAUGUACAGCGAGGAUCAGUUCUGCGAAGGAUCAGAAGAUGCGAGUGCGCGGAUCGUUUUUGCCGUCACGCAACCUGCGGUGCUGGUACUCGUCGCCGAGCGGCCACACAGUCCUCAUCUUCCCCUAUCUCCUCCACGCAGUUGCAGCUGCAACAGCAGCAGCAGCAGCAGCCGUGCGAGUGCGCCGACGAAAGAUCAAGCUGCGCCCACACAGGCGGCGGCGAGGCGCCGUGUGAGUGCGAGUGUGGCGAGGAGGCGAAGCCGUGCUCGCAUACGGUCAAAACGCGCCGUACGCGCCGCACGUGCACUGACUGCAACUGCAACGGCACGCAGCCCUGCGGCCAUAAACCGCAGCCUGAAGGCCGCAUCAAGCGGGUUAAAUGCCGCGUGA